CUGAGCCCCAGCCCCAACCGCAUUUUGUAUUUAAUUUAGACACAGGGACCCGCUGAGUUACUUAGUGCCUCGCUGAGGCACUUGUUGCUGAGGCUGGCUUUGAACUUGAGAUCCUCCCAGCCAAAUCAAACAUCUUCAACCAAGGUACUUCUGUCUUGCCCCCUGGAACAUAUGAACAUCAACUUGUUCAGACUCAUGUCUUGGUGGUCAUUAAGUUAAUUAUCAAUCAAUAGGCUCAUUUGAUUAGAAGAGGCACAGAUAAUCUCCCUAUUUGAGGUCAACUAAUUGGGAACUGAUUGGGAACCUUAAUUAUAUCUGUAAAAUCCUUAACAGGAGUACCUAGAUUACUGUUUGAACAACUGGGAAAAGAUGUGUGCACGUGGGUCAGGUGAAACUUGGGGACAUCUUAAUUUCACCUCGCACACUUCCUGCUGUUUGGGAGUAGAAACAAUGUGCUUAUCAGAACCAGAUGAACCUGUGUUUACCAUACGGCAAGUGAAUUCAAAGCACAUUUAUUAGUAAGCACUAUGCUACAGUGUGGAAUCAGAGGCAGGGGUGGUGUGAAGGUGGAGGCCAUGCCCUGGACAAAUGUGAAUAGUAUGAGUGGCACAAGCUGUCCAGUGGAGGCCCAGAAGCUCAUCCAAGGGAGAAAGGGGUAGGAGCAGAGUCCAGGAUAUCCAAAACCCUAGCCUGAGAGGAGGCACCAGGCAGGCACCUGCCUAUAUGCUGGGAGCACUCCCAGGUCUGGCUUCCUAAAGCAGGACUUAGUAAGACACAGAUAAUGCCCAGAGACUCCUCACGGGUGACUUGAUUUUCGCUUCCACCUCUGAUAUAGACCAACCCUUAAUAUUGCAAGUAGAAUUCAUAUUCAUGAUGAGGGCAUCACCUGGGGCUUUACACAGGCAUUUUUGCUCCUUCAAUUUGAAUCCCUUUCAUAGGUAACCUCUCAUUUCCCCGCCCAGCAUUACGUCACUGGGGCUGGGCGGGAUCCCAGGAUAGAAAAGCAGAGCUGCUGGCUGAGGCAGUCUUCCCUAAACCAAGAGUUCUGGCCUCCUCUCGCUCCAAAGAGGCCUUCACCUCAGCUCCUUCACCAGCUUUGGGCAUCAUGCGUGAAAUCGUGCUCAUCCAGGCAGGCCAAUGCGGCAACCAGAUUGGCGCCAAGUUUUGGGAGGUCAUCAGUGAUGAACAUGGCAUUGACCCCACAGGCAGUUAUCAUGGAGAUGGUGACUUACAGCUGGACAGAAUCAGUGUGUACUACAAUGAAGCAGCUGGCAAUAAAUAUGUUCCUCGGGCCAUCCUAGUGGACCUGGAGCCAGGAACGGUAGACUCGGUGAGAUCGGGACCAUUUGGCCAGAUAUUCAGGCCAGACAACUUUGUGUUUGGCCAGAGUGGUGCAGGGAAUAACUGGGCCAAGGGCCACUACACAGAGGGAGCCGAGCUGGUGGACUCUAUGCUGGAUGUGGUGAGAAAGGAGGCGGAGAGCUGUGACUGUCUGCAGGGCUUCCAACUGACCCACUCCUUGGGGGGAGGCACUGGCUCAGGCAUGGGCACCCUGCUCAUCAGCAAGAUCCGGGAGGAGUACCCAGACCGCAUCAUGAACACCUUCAGUGUCGUGCCUUCACCUAAGGUGUCAGACACGGUGGUGGAGCCCUAUAAUGCCACCCUGUCUCUCCACCAGCUACUGGAAAACACGGAUGAAACCUUCUGCAUCGACAACGAAGCCCUGUAUGACAUCUGUUUCCGCACCCUAAAGCUGACCACCCCCACGUAUGGUGAUCUCAACCACCUCGUAUCAGCCACCAUGAGCGGGGUCACCACGUGCCUGCGCUUCCCGGGCCAGCUGAACGCAGACCUGCGCAAGCUGGCCGUGAACAUGGUGCCCUUCCCCCGCCUGCACUUCUUCAUGCCUGGCUUCGCGCCCCUGACCAGCAGGGGCAGCAUGCAGUACCGCGCCCUGACGGUGCCCGAGCUCACCCAGCAGAUGUUCGACGCCAAGAACAUGAUGGCCGCGUGUGACCCCCGCCAUGGCCGCUACCUGGCAGUGGCUGCCAUCUUCCGAGGCCGCAUGUCCAUGAGGGAAGUGGACGAGCAGAUGCUCAACAUGCAGAACAAGAACAGCAGCUACUUCGUGGACUGGAUCCCCCACAACGUGAAGACAGCCGUGUGCGACAUCCCACCGCGGGGCCUCAAGAUGUCAGCCACCUUCAUUGGCAAUAACACAGCCAUCCAGGAGCUCUUCAAGCGCAUCUCUGAGCAGUUCACUGCCAUGUUCCGGCGCAAGGCCUUCCUGCACUGGUACACAGGCGAGGGCAUGGACGAGAUGGAGUUCACUGAGGCUGAGAGCAACAUGAACGACCUGGUGGCCGAGUACCAGCAGUACCAGGAUGCCACUGCUGAGGAACAGGAAGAGUUCGACGAGGAUGAAGAGGAAGAGGUCGAGGAGGCUUAGGAACUUCUCAACCUCCUGCGUCAACUUGUUGUCCACCAGCUCCUCUAUGAUUGUCAACUAAGCUGCUCAGGUGUGUCUGUCCAAGUGCACUGUACUGAUAAUAUCUGUACUCCUAAUUCAGGACUCCAUACUCUCCCAAUUUUCCUUCUUGCUGUUCUCAAAGUUUCAGGAUUUUCUUUUUCAUCAGGAUAGGUUUUCUGCUUCAGUGCUUUUGAGCAGUAUUCCUGUUCCUUUAGUAAAGAGAUGAAACUCUUUUUUUCUUUAAUCUUCCCUUUCCCAAAGUUUUCAAAUAAAGAUAUUCUCAAAAGCAA